UGGGUUGCAUUGAUUUACUUUACCUGACAGAGCACACCCGCUCCCUAGAAGCAAGGCUAUUGUCUUUCUAGCUGGCAACGCCAUGGACUAUGUCAAGGGAAAUAUCGGACUAUCGCUGGGAACCUCCCGCUGUGACUGGGCAGGGUUCCUGGAUUUGCCUAAGAUGGGCUGCGGCCUUUCCUCACAUCUUGUAAGAAAACAGCACCUGGUGCUAGAAAUAUUGCAGCCACGUCCAAUCUUUCCACCUUCGUUCGCAUGAUCCAACUCGUCAUUCGAGGAUGGGACCUCUGCUCUACUCUGUCAAUGUGGGACCAGAAAGCAGUGUACCACGAACACCCCUCCAUGC